AUGACGUCUUUAUGGCGGCGGACAGCAGCCAUCAAGCAAAAAAAGAUGGCGCCGAGUGAAAGCCAUCCGUAGCGAGCAAAGCGAGCGAUGUUACGCGAAGCUCUUCGCUGAUCCGUAUCACCUGGCCCGCUUGGAUGCCGCUCCUGGGCAGCGACUGUCGGCAAUUCCGUGGUGCCACAUCGGCCGGCGCAGUCGGUCGGCGAGUCGUCUCCGGAUUCGCGGAAACAGCGGCCGUCGCCAGCAGCGUCGGCGAGUAAUAAAAAUAACAAGCCGAGGCGCUUUGUAUCCCCCUUCCGCGACGACAUGGCGGGUCGCGGAGCGCUCAAGUCCCAGCCCGGCUCGGCCGCCUGCUCCUACGAGGGAUUUGACAAGCUGACCAGCAGCACGCUCAAGAGGCACCCCAAGAUGGAACUAAGUAAAACCGACCUCCUCAAGCUACUCAGCGUGCUUGAGGGUGAACUUCAGGCUCGAGAAAUUGUGAUUGCUGUACUGAAGGCCGAGCAGGUGAAGCAGCUACUGUACCCGCGAAAGGCGGGCGCCAACGGGGCAUCGGGCAGCGACCCCUGGGCAGCCCUGCAACGGGACGUGCUCAAUGCCUACGAUGGGCGAUUCGACAUGACCUCGGUGCGAGCUCUACACGGUCUUCAACUGCACCACUUGGAGCAACUCAUCGCGUUGCACCGCCGGGUCCAGGCGCGCAACAGAGACGAGCUCCGAGCAUUGGAACAGCGCUGUGCAAAGCUGUGCCGAGAGCUGGAAGAGGAGAAAGGGAAGCGGGCGCAAGACACGGCCCAGGGCGACAACGUGACCUUUCUGCUAGAAAAGGAACGGGAGCACCUUCGCCACGAGGUGGACCUCGAGAGGCAGGAGAACCGGAGGCUCGAGAAGGACCUCCAGCAGGCAAACGAGGCGCUCGAAAUGGAGCGAAAUCGACAGAAACAGAUGGUCUUGCUUCUCCUGGCCGAACGAAAGCGGUUAAUCGUGCGGCUAAUCCAGGAACGGCAACGGGGAGACCAACUUCUUCAGGGCUUAAAGGACGAAAAGGCGCGGUCGUCUGAGAUGGUGGAAGGCCUGGAAGAGGAGAGUAAACGGUCGCUCCAGAUGGAGGAAGAAUUGGAGCGGCAAGCAGCGGAGUUCGAGCUGGAGCGAGAACGCUUCCAGACGCAGGUGGCUGAGCUGAAGGCACAGAAUGCCCAGCAGCAGGUGGAGCUGGAGCGGCUACGGCAGGAGGCGGAGCGCUUGGUUCCACCCCCCGCACCCGCACCUCCGCCCCUCGGAGAGGGGGUCCGCAGUGCCACCAUCAUUACCCCUGCCAGCGCACCUGCACCCACUGUCAGGGCGGCUGUUCCCACUCCGACCCCACCCAGGGGCGUGGCAGUCGGCCCCAAGCUCCCACCCUCGGCAACCAAGGCUCCACCCCCGACCGUGCCACAGGUGCCGCCAAAGCCCACUCCCGACCGAACUCUGGUCAAAAAGCCAGUAGGCCCGACGACGCCAGGCACAGCCGGCAUAGCGUCGGCGACCGGGACCAUUCUGAGGCCCACCCCGCCCCCUGUGCCACCAAACAAGCCUGUGCUACAGCGCAAGGACCUGGGACCGAAACCUCCCGUGCCACCUCGUACGGUGCCAGACACAGCACAGGUGGGUGGUGGCUUCACUUCGAGCCCCGCCCGUUACAUUCGCUGCAUGAUGACGUCGGCAACAGAGAGGGUGGGGCCUGCAACAGCUUCUGCAUCGGGCCUGGAUCUGAUUGGACCCGAACUAGCCGACUUUCAGAGCCUUCUGGUCUCCAUGGCAAUGGAUAAGCCGAACAGUCCACUGCGCGGUGGUUCCUAGAGGGCUGUAGAUGUCCCUCAGUUUCUUUCCUAUUCAAUCAUCAGCCCUCGAUAGGGUGGAGAGCAGAACCAUCAACAUUAAUAGCUGUGGAUUGUGAGGAAGCAUUAGGAUAACAGCUAGCUGCUGACUGGGCAUCCUAACUUUCAGAAUAUGAUGAAGUCGGGUGGCGUGCAGAGGUGAUAAAUUGCUGGGACCGCUUGUCUUUUGCUACGUCCCCUUUCUUCCCACCUGUGCGGCAGCUCGGCGCAUACAAAACCAUGCAGAGUGAAUGCCUUUGGAAUGCCUCCGCCUCGCUUGCGGGUUGGACGCUUCUGGUGGAUGCUUUGGCCCCCCCUCCUACCCCCUGCUGCUGCUGCUGCUGCUGUCGCUGUUCCUUCCGUGCACCUUCGAUCGCUUUGGUCUGGUCACAUCGUCAACGACGACGCCUGAAGACGAGAGAAGGUAGUGCCAUGAACAAGUCUGCCGUUAACAAGGACUCGCAGAGGCCUAGUUUUGUCCUGAAUAGUGGGAAAGGAACACUAAAGCAUCAGGCUGGGACUGCCAUGUUGUACUGACUGCAGACAUUGCAAACUGGUGACUAUUUUCAGACUGUAGGGAUUCAGUGAUGCCAGGAAAGCGACGGGGAAAUGAUAGACAAGUUGGUAAUGUGCAUUCAAAUCCUCGAAGCAACCCUUUGUGAUGUCACAGGCUCUGGCAACAUUCUGUAUGGGCCAACAGUUACCAUUUACCUUUACAAAAACACCAUACCUUUAUGGCUAUAACACCACCAUGAAUAUGAUGUGAGAGUCGACUUUUCGCAACUCAGUGAAAAAAAUUUUGCAUAGCCAUAGUUGUAGGUUUAAAACAAAAUACAUUUAUCACAACCUUAUGAGAAAUAUGGGCUGUGGGUAAUGGCUAGUGCUAUAUGUAAAGACAUGCUGCUUUGGAAUGCAUGUGCUUUGGGCCACUGCGUCCAAAUAGUUAGGGCUUUGUAAAUGCUGGACUGCUUUGAGCUCUUGCUUUCUUUCCACAUCCUGUUGCAUUCAUCUGUAGUGUCGCUACGCCAUUGAAUUUGGCUUUUCUGCGAAACUCGGUGGUCUGAUGCUGAAGCCUCCUGCUGCCGUUUGUCUAAAUGCGAAAUUUUGAAAACAAUACUAGCUUCACUGUAUUCAGAGCAUGCUUGCAAAUUUAAUGUGACAUGCUUUCUAAAGCCGCUAGUUAUACUUUAAAAAAUCUUGCGUUAUAUUGAUGUGAAUCGAGUAUUAACUUGCUGCUCAGAAAUAAAAGUAAGCUUAACCUGG